AUGGAUGACCAAUUUGGAGGACGUACCGACGACGAUCUCUUCUACGAUGACUUCGAACCCGUCGAAAGCGAGACUGUGGUCACCACCGAGGCUGCCCCUGUUGCACCCCAACCCGUACCAGUAGCGCCAGUUCAAGCUCCUCCUGUACCUCAAGAAAAGCCAGUGCAGGCUCCCGCGCCAUCAGCGCCCGCCCCCAAACCCGUCUCUAAGCCUCUUUCCAAGCCUGGUGGUCUCUCUUCGUCACGAUACGCAGACAAGCCAGCUCCUGCCCCAGCUCCCGCCCCGGUUCCAGCUCCAGCUCCAACUCCAGUUGCAGCUCCCGCCCCGGCCUCAUCCCCAGCGCCCAAGCCUGCAAAGCAACCCCCCCCGCCGACAUCCAACGCACCUCCUAAUGCGCCUACUGCCCCUCGAGAGAAAACCACCCAUGGUUCGCAAAACACCGCCUCAAACGCCGCUGCCCGUCUGCAAUCUGGCGCGAACCCUCGACAUAAGCUCACCGAGGCAGAACUCGCUGCUAAGAUGGAAAAGAUGAAGCUCAUCAAUGCGGAGAAUGCGCGCAAGUUCGAAAAGGCCGAGAAGGACGAGAAGGAUCACGCUGCUGCGUACGCUCGUGGUAUGGAAGAGGCCAAGAAGCGACGCGCAGAAGAAGCCGAGCGACGUAAGCGUGGCGAAGAGGAUAGGCGCAAGUUGGAGGAUGAGCGAGCGAAGAACAGGGAGAGGAAACUGAAGGCUAUGGGCAUGAAGGAGGGUGGCUGGGACGAGGGCAAGGACGCUCAAGAAGAGGAGGAGAAUAAACGGUUCCGCGGCGCAAACGGUGGCAUUCGAGGCACGAAAAGCGCUGGCCUGAGCGGGAGUCGGUACGCGUCAAAGGAUACCGAGGAACACGAUGUGGACCGAUUUCUCGACGAGCGACAUCGUGGUGGUAGAGGUAGAGGUCGCGGCCGUGGAGGACGAGGAGGUCGAGGCGGACGCGGUGGCCAUGAGGGAGCGCCCCCAGCACCAGCGCCAGUCAAGCAAGCCGUCCCAGCAGCUGAAGACUUCCCAGCUCUCCCUGGUGAAGCUAAGAAGAACACACCCGCGCCAUCAACCGACAAGCCAGCGUUUGCCGCAGCAGCCGCUGGACUUCCCCCGCCGCUUCCACCACUUACGGGCGGAAAGUGGGAUGAAGAGAUGGAUGAGUAUGAUGAGAUGAACAAAAAGUCAUAG